AGACGAUACUGUAAUAUUUCAUUUUUACAAAAAAUAAAAUAAAAAGCAUCAUAAAUAAUAUUUAAAGUAUUGAAUUUUGUGUAAUUCCAUUAGAUUCCUCCAUUGUAAACUGUGCAUUAAUGUGAAAAAUACAAAAAUUGGAAGGUGUGAUAAAUUAUCUUUAUGAUUAAAAAAGAAGAGCAUUUUUAAAAUUACAUUUUUUUAUUAUGUAAAAAAAUAGAACUAUGCUAUUAAUGAAAAUUUAUGCCAUGAAAUUUCAAAAGUGAAAAUCUCUAUAAAACUAUGUUGAACAUGAUUGUGAUACAUUUGACUAGUCAAGAUAAUGUUAAUUAUCAAAUAAUGAGUUGUCUUCUAUAAGAUUGAAUUACCUACCUGCACACUCGUUGAUCACAAAGUAAAAGUAAGAGAUAAAAGGAAUUUUGUUGUAAAAAGUAAAUAAUAAUUUGUAAUAUCAAAACACAUGUAGUGAGCCUGAAGAUAUACAUAUACAUGUAUUAAACAAGUGAGAAAGAGUGUCAAAAUUCUUAUUAUAUAUAUAUAUAAGAAUUUAAGCUCUCUUUUAAUUGUGACAUAAUCUUAAAAUAUAAAAAAAAUAAUUAUACAACGCAUCUACAACAGUUAAACUCGAGUCUAGAAAACGUUACUUCAUCGAACAUAAAAAAAAAGAAGAUGCAGCAAGUACCGACGAUCUCGCGGUCUGCUUCCCUUGGCAGGAAAUCAAAAGAAUCUAAGAAUUUUUCAUCGAGAAAACAAAAUAUGCAUCAUCGCAAGACGGCUUCGCUCGGAGCUAUUGAUGUAUCGCAAUGCGUUGUAUGCAAGGGCAAGGUAAAAUCGCCCAAAAUGAUGACAUGUCGUCAUAUUUUCUGCCUACAAUGUUUCAAAAAUCGACUUAUGAUAUCAUAUAAAAAAGAUGGUAGUAUGUGCCCGGUCUGCAAUGUAGUAGUAAUCGCCAAUAAAAUAGAUAAAGAGCAAGAAUCAAAGAGUGCGGUAAGUUUUGCGCCCUUACCGCCAAAGAUCCGAGAUAAGAAAUGCCGUGCCUGCGGUGAAAUUUGCGAGAAUAAGUGUAAGCACUGUAAACGCAGAUUUUGCGAUGUCUGCUGGACAAGUCAUAUUAAUGAUUUGAAAGAAGAACUUGGCAAUAUAAAUGGAGAUCUUGAGACAUCAAUAGUGAGAUUUGAAGAUAAAAUCAGCAAUUUUCAGAGUAAAGCAAACGAGAUGCUAGAGUUUAUUAAUAGGGACACCGAAGGCAAAAUAAUUGAACUUCAAAAGAAAAGGGAAAGUCAGAUUAAGAAGGUUGAACACAUAGUUACUAGAGGCGAAAUGUCAAUGGGGGAUAUUAGAGAAAGAAUAUACCAAGCACAAAUGGAGAUAAGACAACAGAAAGAAGAAUCAUAUGAUGUGCUGCCCGAUAAUGAAACCAAGGUAACAGCAUUUCUAGAUUUACAACAAAAAGCUGCAGAAGUAAUGGCAGCAGUUGCCAUUUGGGAAUCGGAAUUGAAUAAUAUACAAAAGGGAUUUAAGAAAGUUAACAAAAAGGAAAAAUUGCCUGUCAAAAAAAACAAGAGUUCUCUGUAUAAACGGAAAACUUUCACAUCCAAAAUUAUCGCGAAUCGUGACAUGGUGCAGCGACCGUCGGCGCUCGCCGUUGAUUCCUGGAGGGAUAACAUUAUCACGACCUGUCCGGGGUCAGGACAGGUUGUCAUUCUGGACAGGAAGUUCAAAGUUGUCCGGAGGAUUCGUCACCAAGAGAUGAUGGCACCUCAAGGACUCGCUUUCCUGCAGGAGAAUGAUGAGAUAUAUGUGACAGAUAAAUGGAGGCACUGCAUAUUCGUAUUUGACCACAAGGGCGAGCUCGUUCGUCGCAUGUGCAAUAAGGGCAAUGGAGAAUUAGAACUGCUUUCGCCGGAGGGAAUCGCGUUUCAUCCGGAACGAAACGUGCUUUACAUCGCCGAUACCGGAAACAAUCGCGUCCAAGUCCUCGAGAAGAACGGCGUGUAUUUAGACAGUAUCGGUCCUAAGAGUAAACACGUGAAGGGCACUGUCAAAUUCCAUAGAACCGGCCCGAUCGCCAGCCAACUAAAUCAACCGACAGACGUAGCUGUCACGAUAACGCGUAUCUUCGUCGCCGAUUCCGGCAAUCAUAAAGUGAAGAUAUUUAACCACGAUGGACAAAUUCUUCAAACAAUUGGCGACGUUGGUAUCGCAAAGGGUUUGUUUAGAUCGCCCGAAGUAUUAAGUAUCGACAAGAAAGAAAAUAUCAUUGUGGGUGACGCUGGAAAUGGAAGAGUGCAGAUUUUUUCCCCAAAAGGUGAAUUUCUACGGAUACUAGGCGACAGAAAGACCCAGGGAUAUAAGUUUGCAUGGAUAUCUGGUAUAUACGUGACAAAUAAUUGCGACAUUUUAGUCUCUGAUAGCAAGAAUAACUUUAUAUAUUUAUUUUAAUGUGU